GCGGUGGCGGGGAUGAGGCGAGGCGCCGUUGCCGGCCGUGCCGCGUGAGGGAAACGGCGGGCCUCCCUCCUCGGCCUUUUACUGCUGCUGCUGCUGCUCGGCGCCGUCCUUCUCCGGCGGGAGAACCCAAUGCCGACCCUCCCGAGCCCCGCGGGCUGAGGGCGAGACAGGCCCGGCCGCGCUGAGGAGUCCCGUGAGGCGGCGGAGGGAUGCCGGGCCGGCUGCUGCUCCCCGGGCUCGGCUGGGGCGGCCUCGGACUCCUCUGCUGGUGGCUGGGCGGCGGGCAGGCGGCUCCGUUGCCCCAGGCGGGGCCAGGAGAAGAGGCAGCCUUUGAAAUUUCCUACUCCUUGGUGGUUCUUUCUGCCGGCGGCCUCUUAGUUUUGAUACUGCUGCUUGUAAACUGUAUCUCCUGCUGUAAAGACCAAGAGAUUAACUUCAAGGAAUUUGAAGACAAUUUUGAUGAUGAACUAGACUUCACCCCGCCCGCAGAAGACACCCCAACAAUUCAGUCUCCAGCGGAAGUGUUUACCCUUACGGUACCUAGUAUUUCUCUCCCAGCUCCAUCCCAAUUCCAACUUCCAACAGAAGACCUGAAAUCUCAGGUUGCUCGGCAGAAUCUAAAUUAUAUCCAAGAAAUAGGAAAUGGCUGGUUUGGAAAGGUUCUGCUGGGGGAAGUUUACACCGGCACCAGCGUAACCAGAGUCAUCGUGAAGGAGUUAAAAGCCAGUGCCAAUCCCAAGGAGCAGGAGCGGUUUUUGAGACAUGGGGAGCCAUAUUUUAUCCUUCAGCAUCCCAAUAUUCUCCACUGUACUGGCCAAUACGUGGAAGCCAUUCCUUAUCUGUUGGUAUUUGAAUUUUGUGACCUGGGUGACCUAAAAACCUAUCUCUGCAACGAGCAGGAUAACAUUAAAGGAGACUCUCAAAUAAUGCUGCUACAGAGGAUGGCCUGCGAGAUUGUGGCAGGACUUGUCACGAUGCACAAACACAAUUUUGUGCACGGAGAUUUAGCUUUAAGGAAUUGCUUCCUCACAUCUGACCUAAAUGUAAAAAUUGGAGAUUAUGGAAUAGGAUUCAGUAGGUACAAGGAGGAUUACAUCGAAACGGAUGAAAAUAAAUUCGUACCCCUCCGGUGGACAGCUCCAGAACUGGUGACCAGCUUUCAGGACCGGCUGCUAACAGCAGAACAGACGAAGUACAGCAACGUCUGGGCCCUGGGAGUGACGCUGUGGGAACUUUUCAGUGGCGCCACCAAGCCUUAUUCUGAGCUCUCCGAUGAGGAGGUUUUGACGCAAGUCAUCAAAGAAAAACAGACCAAGCUGUCGCAACCACCACUCGAGCAGCCGUAUUCUGAUCGAUGGUAUGAAGUCCUGCAGUUCUGCUGGCUGUCUCCAGAAAAGCGAGCCACAUCCGAGGAAGUCCAUAAGCUUUUGGUCUAUCUCUGCAUGCAAAGUCAAAGGGAUUCUGUCAUUGAUCCCGAACAGUGGGACGAUCUCAAGCCGAACAUUUCAAACCGAGAACCGUUGGGGAGUUCCGCUUUUCCCAUCCUGGAUCAUUUCAACGGCAGCCGAUUUGGCCGUGAGAUGGAAGAGGUUCUCACCGUAACCGAAACAAGCCGAGGACUCAACUUUGAAUACAUCUGGGAGACAGCCAAACUCGACCACUUUGAAUGUAACCAGUCAAACCCCGUCGAAACGAAGACUUACACAAACAUCUUCUUCCCGGUGGAGGUAUUUGAGAACACGCUGACUGACCAAGGACCUGGAGCUCAGGUUGAAAGUGGGCAGGAAGUUUCCCUCCUGGUGCCUGGAGAACUUCCCGUCUUUAACGCCCGUAAACCUUCGAUUGGAAGCGAUUAUUACAUCCAAUUAGAAGAAAAAAUUGGAGGCCUUAGGAGCAUCAACUUCGACCACCAGGUUGCCGAAUUGACAACAGAAGUGGACGACAACGCUGAAGUUCUGAAAGACCAAAAUUGUCCCUUCGUGGUUCUAGAACACUUUGCGGAUGAAUCUAGUACAGAUGGGGACAUUUUCUGUAAUAGUACAGAUCCCAAGGAAGAGAAUUUACACAGAGUUGGUCUGGUUAGCCAUUCCCAAAAUGGUGGUAUCACCAAAAAUGAAUGGUUGGCAAAUCGAAUCAAUAGACUGGAUUUAGCAGAUGUAAAUGAUAUCCAUCUGGAGCGGGAAGCAAUUUCAUGCUCGGAUCUUGAGGAAUCCACCCGUGGCUUGCUCAAGAAGGGAAGCUCCCCGCUCGCUUCUCAAAACGAAGUUGAUUACUUGCAAGAAGAUACCUCACAGGAAUCCGAAUUUAGCCAACUGACUUUAGAGGAGCUAUCCAAUAACUUCCUUUUUCUUCAGGAGAAGAAUCUGUUGAAGUGGACAGCAAGGGACGAAAGUGGUGGCAACCUCAGUGGAGCUCACGACCGAACAGAUAAACCAGACCCACCAAAUACGAACUCUUUGGGAGUUGAAUGUAACAUGAGUGGGAAAGUUCAUGACACUAAAAAGGACCUUCUUGGGCCAAUAGGGACGCUUUCUGGUUCCCCUGGGGUUGAUAAACUCCUGUUGUCUUUUUCUAGCCCGGAGAAAAAUCCUCCUAACAGAGAAGUUGGUGGUAACUCUACCCACAAUGUUGCCUCUUCUCUCCUUGAAACGGAACGCGUCUCCGAUCUCGGUUCAACGGAUAUCCAUUCCACACAUGUCAAAAACCAGACCCAUGGCGUUGGCUCCUGCCCUGGUGUCUCACUCAAUGCUCAAGAAGAAAGAAAAGAAAAGAAACAGGGACUUCAACACAGCAGUAACUCCUGGGAGUUGACCCCUGAUUUAAACCCUGAGAAACCCGAACAAGAUAACGCAUACGUUCCGAAAGAAAGUGACAGAACCUCUCAAGAUGAAAAGUAUGAUCCGGAAAGUCGUCUUCCCACAGAUCGCAUUAGCCACGAUAGCCUACUAGAAGACAGUUCAUCAGGUUCAACCCCGAGCCUGGGACAACUGGUCGAUACGCCAGACUCAUUUGAGACAUUAGAUAUGAACGAAGUUUUAGAGAGUCCCCGGAAAUGUUUACCGCCUGAUAAACCUGCCGAUAGCGGCUACGAAACGGAAAACCUGGAAUCUCCCGAAUGGACUUCGCAUCUGGUUGGCAGCAGUUCUAGUGAAUUGGGUGGAGAUCUCGUGCGGGAGAACCCCACAAUCAUCGUGUCGGCGGAUGUCAGUUCUUACGCUGACCCGACGAAUGUGGAUAAUUUUGAAACCACUCCUCGAGCAGCUUUGGAGGGCGUCCAUAAUUCAUACAGAGAUUCGGCCUACUUUUCCGAUAACGAUUCGGAGAUAGAUAAGAAAUCUGAGGUUAUGCAUCUAUCGAAAAAAUCAACAGUAUUAACCAAGAACCACGCUGAUUUCUUUGAAAUGGAAAAUGCCGGGGAUACAAAAAACCCUUCUAGGGGCGGUGAAAUAGCUAAUUAUCAGUUUGUCAAUGACUUGACCUCACAGCUGGAGGUGAAAGGAGGAGGAGAAGACGAGUCAGAUGAAACAAAGCAGGAGUGGAUUCAUAAAGCCGAAGGUACAACGACAACACCCCUUGUCCCUGACCUAGAACAUACAGAUGAAGAUGAAAUAUAUGAGGAUUUCCCCAAAAGUGUAUCUUGCACAGGCACCAGUACGGCGGAUUUUUUCCCCGAGGGCGAUCUGAAGCUGACGCCCGCCUUGUACGGUGCUCCCGAACUCUUUGAGAAAUCCAUAUUGGGCCAGCUCGAAGGCCAUAAAUUGAAAGAACCAGACAUCGAAGGAAAGUAUCUGGGGAAGCUUGAUGUUUCUGGGAUGCUGGAGCUCUCCUUAGACGAAGAGGAUGCCGACGAGGAAGAUGGGAACAGCGACGAUUCUGAGGACGAUAUGAAGAGUUUCCACCUCCAAGGGCUUAGCUCGGACAGCGACGAGGACAUUAUGGUGCACCCCGUGCCGGAGAUCAUCAGCGAUGGAAGUGAUGGGAAGCACCUAAGAAGCUUGCUGAAACAGCCAAAGCAACCCCAGGAGAACCACUCAACCGACGCCUUUCAGAAGAAUGGAAAAAAAGCCGUAACAUUCUUUGACGAUGUCACCUUAUAUCUAUUUGAUCAGGAAACACCAACCAAAGAACUCGGAAAGCGUAUUGCCGAAUCAAACUCUAAUCACACUCCUGCCCUGCCUGCCGGUUUUGGUUACUUGAAUAAAUUCACCAGUUCAGAAAGCUCUACGGAUGAAGAAGGAGGUUUUGAGUGGGACGAUGACUUCCCUUCCCCUGGUCCCUCCGUGAUCUUGAAGGCCGCCAGCACACUCAUCACUUCCAAGUCGUCUUCUCUUCAGACCUCAAAGUACCUCUCCCCUCCGCCGCCGCCCCGAAGCCCUGAGCAGGACUGGUUCCGCCCUUCCCCUUACUCCAGGUUCUCUAUCUCACCGGCAAACAUUGCAAGCUUUUCGCUCACCCACCUGACAGACUCCGAUAUCGAACAGGGAGGGAGCAGUGAAGAUGGAGAAAAAGAUUAAGAGGUGAAACUUCUCUCGGUCUGUCCUUGGGAUUGCGGGGGAAAUACCUCCGCUUUGGACUAAGAGCCAUUUAAAAAGGAAAAAAAAAAAGCUGCAUCUGAAGACCUACUGAAGUCCUACAAUCCAAUAACCGGAUACAACGAUUGAGGGAAACACGCAGUCAGGAGCAGAAUUUGGAAUGGAUGUAUUUCACGGUGUACUAUUUUGGAAAAGCAGUGCAUUUGGCAUUUCCUCUUUAAAUAUAUGUAUAUAUAUAUAAAUGAUAUAUAUAUAUAUAUAUAUACAUAUCAAAAACAGACCUCCCUAUCCUAGCUCUCUCCCAGUACUUGAAAUAAUCCUCCAGAUGAUUUGUACCACAGUGAUGUUCUGGUUUAUAUAUAGGAUUGUAAUAUACUUUUUUUGUUUGUUUGUUUUUGGAGGGGGGGGUAGUAGCCAUGUAUUAUCUGUACGAACGUGUAAAAUUGUAUAUAGUCGAGCUGCGGAUGUACUACAUUCCUUGAUCGAGCCGAGAGCUGUUGUGUAGCAAGCCAUAUUUUGCAGGUUUCGCUCCUUGCUUAGCUGUAGGCAUGCUAGUUGUGUCCUUGCCCAGCCCCUUCGCACUGUACAAAGCAUUCUGGAUCAAUGGGAAUUGUAGUACCGGCUUAUUGUAAAUGGGUUUCGUUUUACUCCCGUGUGUCUUUUUCCCACGAAUCGAAUCGACUCGUCGGAGAAUACAGAACUUGAGUUAUUGUUUUCUUUUUAAGGAUGUCUGCCACUUUUUGUGUUUCUAAAAAGGCCACCCACUUGGAGACAGAAAGGAAGAUAAUUCUCACUUACAAUUAACGGGGGAUCGGUUGACUUAUUUUUAUUUGCGGUUGGCUAAAAAUGGUGAUGGUGAACUGGUUUUGGGGUUUUCCUUGGUUUUUUUUGUAGGGCAAAUUGUCUGGGUUUUUGUUGGAUGUUUGUGUGUGUGUGUGUCUGCCCAUGUGCAAUCCCUGUCUGAACGAUCUUCUUUGAUUACCAGACAACUUGUACGUUGGCAUUGUCCAUGUCAACUGUUGACAUUGUCCAUGUCAACUGUUGACAUUGUCCAUGUCAACUUUUAAGGAUCCGUCCACGGUUCUGGUCGCAGUCUGAUAGAAGAUGCUUUCACUUCUGCCAUCAGUGAUCUUCCUUUUUGAAGUCCUGUAAAAAAAAAGAAGCUUGCACAAGUUUGAGCUCUCUGGGUCUUCCUGGGUCUUAAACAUGAGCAUGGAUCACAACAAUCUUCAGUAGGUCUUUGGUCCAUGACUGAUGUUAAAGUUUUCUCUUGCAUGAGUUCCGAAACUUAAUUGUCCCAAGGUCUUUCAGGAUGCAAGUUGCAACGUAUGGGCUAAUAGGCAGUAUUUCAUUCAACCCCGAGGUUCUAGCCCUGCUCAGAGGAUCUUUUCUGAGCUUCAGUCAACUUUGUGUAAAUCUAUCCAGAAUGUUCCCAAAAUAGGAGAAGGCCCUGGUUGUGACAAGCACAGCUUUUAAGUUACACCUUACGUGGGCAAGCAGCUUUGCUUCUCAGUAAAACAGUUCUCGCUUUCUCUCUUUAAAACGUAUCCUCGUGCUAAAAACAAGCAUUUGUGCUGCUUUGUGUAAUUUGCACCCCACAGUUUGGUAGAGGAAGAACAUGCUUGCAACCUGUUUGUAAAGCCAUUGGGUCGUCGUACAAAACGAGCUGCUGAAGGAAUGAAUUUUUGAGAAUUUCUUGAACAAGAUAGAAUGAAAAAAAAAAAUCUCGUGGAAAGAAACAUGGAUGUUUUUAAACCCUUCCCCGAUCUUAGUUCUUGGAAGCGAUGCGAAGGGUAGAAACGGUCAUGCGUGAAACAUGCCAGGGAGUGGUAGAGCACUGACGUGUAAGCAUCUUAAGAACUCCCCAAAACAGUAGCAUGUUUAUGCUUCUUGAGUUCAGUUUCAGCACCUGCCAACAUGCCUUAGAGCAGAGGUCUUCAAACUUGGCAACUUUAAGACUUGUGAAUUUCAACUCCCAGAAUUCUGGGAGUUGAUGUCCACAAGUCUUAAAGUUGCCAAGUUUGAAGACCUCUGCCUUAGAGCAUGGGGUCUCCAACCUUGGCAACUUUAAGCCUUGUGGACUUCAACUGCCAGCAAAGCUGGCUGAGGAAUUCUGGCAGUUGGAAGUCCACAAGUCUUAAAAGUUGCCAAGAUUGAACACCCCAUGCCUUAGAGAGCUCUGCUCUUGACGUGGUGGCCCUUGACAGAUCCAACUUCUCCAGGCACCGAAUUCCUUCUUAACUGACAGCCUUGGAUCUGGCCUUCUCCACUCUUGGAGAAACUCGCAGUCUGAAGUGAGACCUCUUCUAUAAGAUUAUGAUACGUCGGGAACUCAAAGCUGAGCCUUCUCAACUCUUGCUGUUGGGUCGCAGAGCUGCCUAGGCCCUUGGCCUCGGUGUGGUUGGAACUUGGGACGUUGUUUGUGGCAGCUGUCCUUGCAAACCUGCUCCCUUCAGGGCAGAAGACACCUUAAUGGCAAACACCAUUUGGUAAGGUUGAGUGAAGUGGAUGUUGGCAGUCUUCCCUUCAUUUUGGAGUCUUGCAAUUGAGUAUCAGAAUCCGACUUGACCCAACCUGCAUUCUACAUUACAGAGUUUUCUCCAGAUUCUCGGGGCGUCUUCCUGUCGCCUUGCCCCUCACCCCACUCCACUUCCCUUUAAUCCCAUGUCUAAACUUUGAACACGAAUUGCAAACGCCUAUUUUUGGAUAAACCCGGGGCAACUCUUUGUGUUUUCAUUGAGAAGGUAUCGUUCCAGGUACACCAUGCCCCAGGCUGCGUCAGAAAUCCUUUCCUUGAGCUUGAAAUCUACAUGCAUCUCUUGAGGUCUUCAAGCUUUUAAAAUUAAAGUUGAAAGUCCCACAUUAGCUGAAGGCAGCUGAGCCUCGCCAGAUGUUUUCAGCAGCUCCAGCUGUCCUCUGGUCCUAGUUUCUGAGAUUCCGCAGGAGAACUGAGGGUUUAUGCCGAGAACCGGUGCUGGUGGAUGGCCGUUCGCACUAAAAUAUAGGUGGGAUCAGGAGCCUAGAAGCUUUGCAAACCAGGACCUUGGUUGGAGUAACUUGCAAAGAAGAUACGUCAAGCUUGGGUUGUCUCGACACAGUUCUCUUACAUAGGCGAAUGCUUUGUUUACGGUAGAGCUGCUGUUAGAACGAUCCCUAAGGACGCAAUUUCAGGAGGACUCAUAAGCUCCCAAGAUAAACCAGUCUGUCAACCUUUCUUUUGUUGGGGGGGGGGGGGAGGGGGUGGGCCCAGUAGUAGCACUAACGGAGGUUCCCGUUCUAUGGAAAGCCCCCCCCCCUUGAAUAUUUGUAGUUAGGCUUUUAAUGGCUAAAUCCUUUCCGAGUUCCGUCCUUUAUAAAUAAACGCUGCUGAUUUUGGGGAGGGGGGAAUGAAAGUUUUCUUUUUUUAAAGAAAAUGAAAAUGACACUAAUGAAAGCUGCCUGUGUAUACAUUUUAAACACUGUUUUAGAUUAAUUAGUAUGCAGAUUUUGUUUUUCCUUUUUUUUUUGAGAGAGAGCGAGAGAGAGAGAGAGACAACUCUGGGGGUUUUGAUAGAGAAAAACAAUUGUGUAAAAUUUUACGGGGGGUGGGUGGGCAAAGGGGCUAUUUAGAUUGGAAGUAGAACUGUUACUGCUUUGGGAGAAAUAGCCUUAAUAAUAAUAAAAAAAAACAGAGGAAACAAAUCGCCUCAGCUUUAAUUUGUAUAAAAUACUCACUUCUGAAGAGGAAAAGAAAAAAAAAAAAGAAAAUUAAAAUGUCUUUCAGGAAAUAUGCUACAGGAGAAACAUUUGAUUUAUUAGUCGCAUUUUUAUGCGACUUCAUCUUUGAUGAAGAGCAGGUAACAAAAUGUUCUGUUCCACAGCCUGGUUUUUAAUCUUUAUUUUAUUUUAUUAUUAUUCAGUUAAAACUUGAAUGAAUUUAAGACGUCCGGUUCUGUUUAGCCAUUUGUCUGAUCUUGCACAGUGGUGGGUAAUGAUAAAAACGGUUUCAAUUCUGUGUGUAUAUAUAUAUACGACGUUUUAUUCUAUUUGUACAUCAGGAAAUUUAUGUAACAAAAAUCAUAGGGGGAGACAUUUUUCCGAUUGGGGGUUUAAUACAGCGAUGAGGUUCGUGGCAAUAUGCUAGCUAAUUAAAUUCCAGGUCGAAUUUAUCUUUAAACUGUGUGUAAAUUUUAAAACUGUUAAGAUUUCUACUGUAUAUUGAUCAUGCAUAGUGUGAUCUAAGGCUGCUUGUAAUUUAAAGAACCUUAUUUAAUAUUCAAAAUAAAAAUAAAGCUAUAUAUUUAUAAGCCUGGAA